AACCUUACAUCGUAAAUUUGGUAAACUUCAUUUCUUUCGAAAGCCUAUAUAUCCAAUUAAUGCCAACCAAUUUGGUGGCAUGCACGGAUUUCAAUUGUGUCAUUGAUAAUCAUGACCUAAAUUUCAAACGGUCCCAUCUCUCAUGGAUCGAAAAGCUGGAGGAGAAAGAAAAUAACAGCACCGAGACAAAGUAGAGAUGCUGAUUGUUGAAGCAUGGUUCAUGUGGAGAUCAUUGAAAUCAAUGCUGAAGUAGUUUUUUUUUUUUAAACGUUUACCAGAAUUCUUAGCCCAACCCAUUCUUUUGGCGACGGCAAAGUCAAGACCCGGUUUCCAAUACUCGCUAGCUGUUGUCUUAUUUCCUCGUCAUGAAAGACGAUAUCUCGAUGGACAAUUCUUUAUAAAUAUGUUAAUAAGUUGACAAAUCAUUUAAUUUAUUUGUCAGCUCAACAACAAGCAUCAUAUUGUGUCAAACUCAGGACUCGAAAAUAGUGAAUUAAUCACGAUAUGUGCUAAACUUAACUUCAGUUCAGCUAUAUGAAUACAAGUAAGUGGACCAAUCAUUCAGGUUCGAAAGCCUCGAAUCACGUUAUCUCACAAUCACUAACAAUGACGAAAUGAAAACGGUGUAUACAUAAACGCUCGCUCUAAUCAGCUACGAGUUGGAAGUCUCGAAUCGAGCCCAUGUAUAUUAUCACGUGUGCUUUUUUUUUCUUUUUUUCUUUCCCCUAAUUCUGCAGCAGUCGGGGGGAAUGGGCCUCACUCCUCUCAGGUGGUUGAGAUCAUGAAGAAGAGGGAGAAACUCGAUGGAGAGUGAUAUUUCAAAGAAGAAGAAAAAAAAGCUGACCCUCUCUGCUCUUUGCUGGAAUCAUUUGCAAAGAUGCUCUGUUUUCUGUAGCAGUCCACGCCACCUGCACUGCCAUGACUUUGGGCUUUCAGAGUUUUCCACCUUUCAUUUCGAAGUUCUAUAGCAUCAGAGACUGUAGGAAAAGAAAGAAGAAGAGGGGAAUCGUGCAGGUAAAAAAAUCAUUGCCGUGAGGUUGAGUCAUGUUCAAUCUCUUGUCUUGAUGUGCCAUGCAGGUGUACGUCCUUUUUUAUUCUGUUGGGGAUAGGGAUGAUUCACUUCCAAUGCUUCACGAGUCACGUCUUGUGGCUAGGCUUAGCUAGUCAUGAGUCGCAUUUCAUUAAGAAAUCUUUGAACCUAGACGGAUUCACGGCAUGGAUAUAUGUGAUUACUCGUCUGUGAAGAUACGUUGUUAGGUGCUCCAUUUUAUUUUCCCAUUGAGGCCGAACCUAAACCUGUGCUCGAGAGAUAGCAGUCCAUACACUGAUAAGGGAUGUAUGGAUUCUCGAGAAGAGAGGGACAAUUUCAUAUAUAUAUUAGUGGUGGCUAUCAGGAACCUGUUAAUUCAAAUAACUCGAGUUUUUGGUAGAAGUUUAAUAAUGAAUUUUAUAUCACUUACUCACAUGCCCCCCCUCAAACGAAAGCGCCACUCACAGGGGGCGUAAAGUUUGCAUAGGUCCGAUAAUUCUACGUGUUUAACAAAUGGGGGUUGCCAGGAUUGGAACACGACACCUCUAGGUCACAGAAGACUCUGGUAUCAUAUCAAGAACCAGUUGAUCGAUCCGAAUAACUCGAUUUUUUGGGGGAGGUUCAAUAAUAGAUCUUAUACGACUUACUAACAUUGAUUUUUUUCGGUGCACUCACAAAAAUGAGUGCAUUUGACUAUAGCUUUAAAACAUCGGAUUUUGAAUUUUAAACCUAAUUCCUUACCCUUCAAUUUCUAACACUAACCCUAAACCCCAAAUUAUAAACCCUAACCUUGAAUCACUAUACUCUAAAACCUUCAAAUCAAAGUAAACCCUAAAUGAUGCUUUGUGUAAGUUCAUGUACUUUCUAGUUCAUUGUCUCACCAUUGACAAUUGACAUCACUUUGACAUGAAUCGUUUGCUCAGAAUGACGAUUAUGAGACGAAUGUAUGCAUGGAGUGCACCCAAAACCCAUAUUAAUCCUGCUCUUUCUAAGUCGUCCGUCCUCUCACUGUCCUUCCAAAUAAUUAAUGAUCAUUACCUUAUCCGUAACAAUGUCACUAAUCAUCAUGUGUUGUCCUUGAUUUACUACACCUUCACAACUUUCAUUUUCAUGUCAAGGACGAAGCAAAGCCAAGUUUUGAGACGCCAAGUUAAACACCGUCGCCAACUUCUCCACUGGCUCCAUUGGACGACAAGGCAGAUGACGACGACAGCCGAUAUGAAGAUUCGAUCCAAGGACGUGUGACGACGAUCGACUAGUACUGUCCACAAUAUCCCCAGAGGAAACGAAGAAAAAGUUGGAAACGGAAGAUUGGAGGUGGCUGGGCGCUGCUGAUUAGACAAAUAUAUAAUUAUUAAAAAAUAUAUAAUUAUUAAAAAAUAUAUAAUUAUUAAAAAAUAUAAUUAUUAAAAAAUAACACAUCUGUAUAUUAAAACAAAUAGGCUAGAUCAUGAUAAGAAUGAGAAGACACAAUAAUAUGUGUCUACAAAAUAAUAGAAGUUUCAUAAAUAGCCAAAAAAAAGUUGAUUUUGUAUUCUUUUUCGGUCAAAAGGUAAAAUUAUUUAUAACUAAAACAAAAAAUUAUAUUCAUUUCAUUCAUAAAUUUUCUCUUUAAUAAUUAUUUUUUCUAAGAAUACCGUUAUUUUAAUACAUUACUGAUAUUGUACUUGACAAAAUGCUUCGUUAUAUUUUGUGCGUGUCCUUUGUUGGUGGUAGGUGGCAUACUGUGUUGUGGGUGGGUUAAGCUAAAAAUGUCAUUUUCCAUUAAUUUAUGGCUAUUAUAAUUAUCGGCUACAUAAUUGAGCUAUUAUCUUUUCGCUUUGUGUUUGGAGAAAUGUUAGCCAAGGAGUAUUAAUGGACGUCCUUUUCCUUCAUCUAGGAGAGUACCUAGAAUAUUUUUAUAGACAGAUUUAUAAAUUAAGUAAUUCUUUAUCGAAAUACAAAUAAGAAUCUCUUUUGUUAUAUGAUUUCUUCUUCAUAUAGAUCGUCUAGGGACAAUUACUUAAAAAUACAUUUUGUGCAACAACCUUCCUUUUUUUUACGUAAUCUAGAUAUGAAAGUGUUUAAUCCGAAAUGAUCAAAUCAAAACAAGAACCUUACGAUUGAGGAUAAGUGAACCAAAUUAAAUGACCAACUGAUCAAUCAUACUCUCACUAGAUUUGAAGAAUCUUUUUUUAAUGUAUAAUGUUUUACUUAAAUGUGAUAAAAAAAAUAACUCCCGAGCUUUUAUUUUUAAUAAGGUUUAAUUUUUUUUGUUAGAUGAUAUUUAAAGGAUUUGAACUUUUUUUUACAAUAGGAAUCUGAACUUUAGACUUCCAGGUUCAAAAUUGAUUGUAUUAACGCUAGACAAAACUCAUUUUCGCAAAUUUUGAGCUUUUAAUGGUAAUACAAUUUUGGUCUUUUUUAAUAACUCAAAGUAUGCCUUUUGCAAAACCCAUUUAUCACUACCUCACAUUCACCCCUAUUCCCAAAAUAUUUUUGUUGUUAUGAUUUGAAUGGACUCCUAGGACUGGUUUCAUCACUAGGUCACGUGUUUAACUUCUUAUGACCCUCAUAUUAACCGUUUAUUUAGCAAUUAGCACAUAUAGUAUAUGACAGAUCUAUGCAAGACUUCAAACCCAUAAACUUUUGUUUAAAAGAACAUGUAAUAUCUCAAAAUGUAGUAAGAUAAAUCUCUCAACAAAUCGAAGUAGUUGGCAUAAAUGGGUGACCUUGUGUAAUGACUAAUGGCACAUACCAUUCCCCAAAUAAAUAGGAGCGACCCACCACGUACACUAGUCCUCCCUACUCCCAUCUUUUCCUUCUUUUCCUUAUCACUUCUGCCCGCAUUCAAUCAUAGUUAUUGAUCAACACCAAACUUUUCCUACCAAACCAUUUGGUCGAUCUGAUGCAGUGCAAGAAACCAUCAUAUAAUUUCCACCCAGGUGGUAGGCUCCAACUAUGCAUGGUGGUCUGCAUUUUGUUUUUGUUUGUUGAUCGUUUGAUCUCAUACAGGCUCAUCAUCAGGUGGGUAGUGAAGAUUUGAGCACGAAAUCUAUUUCACGUUCAAAUCGAGUUUCGAUACCACGGAGAAUUGAUCAGCGAAACAGUCGAACAAGAUAUACGAAAAUAAGUGAUUUCAGUUCCA